AUGGAGAUACUAAAGAUUCGUGCUCAUAUUGACGAGGGUCAAGAAGCUGCCACAGAACGGUUUCUUGGGGGAUUGAACCAAGAAAUUCAAAACCGUGUUGAAACACAUCACUACGAGGGGUUGGAAGAUCUCUUGCAUCUUUCCAUCAAAGUCGAGCGGCAACUCAAGGGGAAGGUCAAAUCAUUGGAAGCAAGAGAAGCCGAAUACUACUUCCAAAUCCGAGCCCAAAUCGGAAUCGCUAAAACCCAAGGCACAAGGGGUCAUUAUGCUAGAGAUUGUGCAAACAAACGCGUGAUGGUUAUGCGAAAUGGAGAGUAUGAAACUGAAUCCGAAAGUGGAGAUGGACAAGAGAAUAGUCAUGAGUUUUCUUCGGACUCAGAUGACUAUGAGGAGCAGCCCGCUCCUAGCUAUGGUGCUGAAGUCUUUGACAAAACGCCGAUAAAAUCCUGCCAAGCCAUGAAAACUUCGAACCUCACUAGUGGACUUAGGAGUCGGCCAACUCUUGAUGGCUUCUAUCUUUUCCUCAUCGACGUCGGAGAAACAAAGGUACAUCGGCAAGUGAAGGUACCUUUCUCUAUUGGUGACUAUGAUGAUGAAGUGUUAUGCGACGUAGUACCCAUGCAAGCAGGGCAUUUGCUACUUGGGCGUCCAUGGCAGUUUGAUAGACGAGCCAAACAUGACGGUUACACUAACCGAUAUUCAUUUGAAGCCAAGGGCAAGCGGUUUCGAUUGUUACCUCUCACACCGAAAGAGGUAUACGAAGAUCAAGUUACACUACUCAAAAGAGAAAAAGCGUUGAAUACGAGUGACCAUGAGGUAGAUCACUUAAAACUUGCCUGUGAGAGAAAUCCCGAGAGGACAAACACUCUUCUUUUCACGAGAGCUAGAGAGAUUAAGAAAGCUAUGCUUUCGAACCGGCCGAUGAUUUUACUCAUGUAUAAGGAGGCCUUAUUUGCUAAUGAACUAAUCUCUUCUUUGCCUAGUGGUGUUUGUAAGUUGUUACAGGAUUACGAGGAUGUCUUUCCGGAAGAGAUCCCGAAUGGUCUACCACCCUUGCGAGGAAUUGAGCACCAGAUUGACUUCGUACCCGGUGCUAGCCUUCCAAACAAACCAGCGUACCGUACUAACCCAGAUGAAACAAAGGAGCUUCAACGACAAGUGACUGAACUCCUGGAGAAAGGUUAUGUUCGGGAGAGCAUGUCGCCAUGUGCCGUACCGGUAAUUCUAGUUCCAAAGAAAGAUGGAACGUGGUGCAUGUGUGUUGAUUGUCGAGCAAUCAAUAACAUAACGGUGAAGUAUCGACACCCUAUACCUCGUCUUGAUGAUAUGCUAGAUGAAUUGUAUGGUUCUACUGUGUUUUCAAAGAUAGAUUUGAAGAGUGGAUACCAUCAAAUUCGUAUGCAAGAGGGUGAUGAAUGGAAGACAGCGUUCAAAACGAAGCUAGGACUCUACGAGUGGUUGGUAAUGCCUUUUGGUUUAACUAAUGCACCUAGCACGUUCAUGCGGCUUAUGAAUCAUGUUCUCCGAAAUCUCAUUGGAAAAUUCGUUGUUGUUUACUUUGACGAUAUCUUAGUUUACAGCAAGAUUUUAGUAGAGCAUGUUGAACAUCUACGUUGUGUUCUUGACAUACUGCGAGGCGAGAAAUUAUACGCUAACCUUAAGAAAUGCACCUUUUGCACUGAUAAGGUUGUUUUCCUAGGAUUUGAUGCCUAA